GGGUGAAAUAUUCCUUUAAGAUUUGAGAAACCCAUGAAUUUAAAUGUACUUUAUUCACGGUGUUACAAGAAAUUCUUAUCCUCUGAUUGGUAUUCAAUUUUAAUAUAUAUCUGUUUAGCAUGUUGUUUAAGUUUUAUGCUGCUGCUUUCAUAACCGAUCUGUCCCGUGAGAGAGCUAGAGAGACCACAUUCGCUUUCGCGCCCAUUUUAAAAGCGCGCGCUUUUGUACACUCUCAUGCACUCAUGUACAUGUCAGCUAUGGCUCUGUUCUUUAUCCUGUAACUGUAUUUACUCAUACUCUCGUCACUCAUGAAUGUUUCUCAGAGUAGUGCGGGUCUCGGCACAGUGCUGCCUCUUACUAGUUUCGAGAACGUGCUUUUAUUUCUCUUCAACAUAAUUCUCUCCACCGCCAUCAUUUUCUUCAACGUGUCCGUGUUUGUCUCCAUCGUGAUGAACAGAUCCCUGCGGAACGAGAAUCGCUUCAUGUACAUGCUCAGCACGUGUCUCAGUGACAUCUGCACGGGCGUCUCCUAUUAUUAUGUUGGAGUAAUGGAUGUACGGGAUUUUUAUGAAUCCCCGACUCGCACUUUCUACAUCGUUCCUACUUUUCUGGGUCUGUCCUAUAUGGCGAUUCUGGCCGCACAGGCGGACCGGUACCACGCGGUCGUUGCUCCUUUCAAAUACUCCCAGCGCAUGACGAGAAACAGAACUCUGCUGGUGAUUCAGGCCUACUGGGUUUAUGCUUUUCUGAUAGUGGCAGUUCAGAAUUUGGUUACUUUGGGGGUUGCUAAAAGAGUGACGAGCUUUGGUACUUUUGUGGCGAACAUUUUCACCGUCAUUAUUAUGAUUGGCUUGAACGUCAGGCUGUUCUUCAUCGCUAAAUUUCAGCUAGAACGCGAACCCCCGAGCGCGGAGCGCGACAACAAGCGAGCGUCCGUUUUUCUAAUCAUAAUAGUGGCCUUGUGUUUUCUGAUCGCAUGGUUGCCCAUUUUUCUUCAUAGUAUUAUAUGUAAUUUUGCGGGGUCUACGUGCUAUACGUUUAGAAAUGAGGGUUCAGAUCCUUUGCGCAUUCUACCACGGGUGAAUGCUGUUCUGACCCCUUUAUUGUAUAUCAGGGGCUGUUCAGCCCUAAGGAGCACACUACUAAGUACAGUCUGGAGAACCCAAUGCUGCAAGAGGAAAGGAGUGAACCCACAGAUUAUGGAGAAGACUGUAGACAAGAUGUAGCAGUGAUGUGACAAACCUCGAGCAAAAGGACUUUUUAUAGAAGCUUAAAAAUAUAUAUUUAAAUAUUCACUAUAAAUUUGUGAAUCUAAACAAAUUAAAUCUCUAACUCUAUGAAGAGUUUCAUUUCCCUGUUCUUUUUCCCACUUGAUGUGUUUCUUGAAAUAGUAGCAUUUUAAUAGGGCAAAUGUGUUAUUGCUUAUGCAUUUUAAUGUUACAUUUUUAGGACUUGUUGAUGAAUUAUUAAAGUGCCAAGAUGACAAUAUUUAUGUAAAAUAUGUAAGUACAAGCUAUAAGAGUGAUGAGUAAUUUUUCUUUUUCUGUUUUUUUUUUUUCCUGUAAAUCCUAAAACAAUAUCCUUUUUAUCUAAUGUUGUUUUUGUUAACUUGUAUAAUUAAAGUGUGACAAUCUUUUUUUUUUUUUACUCAUUUUCAGACAAUUUUUUCC